AUGUCACCACCCAAUAUACUCCAAACAUCUAUCAUUUCGGGAGCUCCUCCAGUCAUGGUCGAUCAAUCAAGCGCCGAAAAGGCAACCCAAAAAUCCUCAUCUGGUUCAACCCCUGCCACCAACUCUCCGAACACUUUCCUCAAGAUUAUCGAUAUGCCCCCCAACGAAUCUAUCAAAAGCUCCAACAAGAAGACAGCCCAUUCCUACAAUUCUCCCACUACAAGAAACGGAAAUUAUUCAGCAGUCAUGGCGCUCCUGGAGAAGUCGGGCUAUGGUAGUGCAACAAGCAAGGCGAUCUCUAAUGCGAGUAAUGAGGAUAGAGUUGGAUAUACUAAGGUUGCGAAGGAGGACAAGGAUACGUCUGAUAUUACUGGAAAACUUGGCACUAUGGGCGUUUGA